AAAGGGUAGGUGCAGCGAGGCAGAGCCGAGGUUGCUCCAUAGAGCCUCUUGCAGGUCAGGAGGGAGGGUCAGGUCAUAGUUGGGUUUUGUUCCUGCUGGCGCGGGAAUACUCUGCGUGUAAGGGAGCGGCACUGCCGACUGCCGAGGCCUCUGGGAUUGUGCCGGGUUUGCCAGUUAGCUGAGUAGGCGGCGGAGCGGCGGCCCCUGGCGGGUCACCAUGUGGGCCUUCCCGGAGCUGCCGCUGCCGCUGCUGGUGAAUUUCAUCGGCUCGUUGCUGGGAUUUGUGGCUACGGUCACCCUCAUCCCUGCCUUUCGUAGCCACUUUAUCGCCGCGCGCCUCUGUGGCCAGGACCUCAACAAGCUCAGCCGGCAGCAGAUCCCCGAGUCCCAGGGAGUGAUCAGCGGUGCUGUUUUCCUUAUCAUCCUCUUCUGCUUCAUCCCUUUCCCCUUCCUGAACUGCUUUGUGGAGCAGCAAUGUAAGGCCUUCCCCCACCAUGAAUUUGUGGCCCUGAUCGGCGCCCUGCUUGCCAUCUGCUGCAUGAUCUUCCUGGGCUUCGCCGAUGAUGUCCUCAAUCUGCGCUGGCGCCAUAAGCUGCUGCUGCCCACAGCCGCCUCACUACCUCUCCUCAUGGUCUACUUCACUAACUUCGGCAAUACAACCAUCGUGGUGCCCAAGCCCUUCCGCUGGAUCCUUGGCCUGCACCUGGACUUGGGGAUCCUGUACUAUGUCUACAUGGGACUGCUUGCGGUGUUCUGUACCAAUGCCAUCAACAUCCUAGCAGGAAUCAAUGGCCUAGAGGCUGGUCAGUCUCUAGUCAUCUCCGCUUCCAUCAUCGUCUUCAACCUAGUGGAGCUGGGAGGUGAUUAUCGGGAUGAUCAUGUCUUUUCCCUCUACUUCAUGAUACCAUUUUUUUUUACCACCUUGGGAUUGCUGUACCAUAACUGGUACCCGUCACAGGUGUUUGUGGGAGAUACCUUCUGUUAUUUUGCUGGCAUGACCUUUGCCGUGGUGGGAAUCUUGGGACACUUCAGCAAGACCAUGCUACUCUUCUUUAUGCCACAAGUGUUCAAUUUCCUCUACUCACUGCCUCAGCUCUUUCACAUCAUCCCCUGCCCGCGACACCGUAUACCCAGACUCAAUACGAAGACAGGCAAACUGGAGAUGAGCUAUUCCAAGUUCAAGACCAAGAGCCUCUCUUUCUUGGGCACCUUUAUUUUAAAGGUGGCAGAGAGCCUCCGGCUAGUGACAGUCCAUCGAGGUGAGAGUGAGGACGGUGCCUUCACUGAAUGUAACAACAUGACCCUCAUCAACCUGCUGCUUAAAGUCUUUGGGCCCAUACACGAGCGAAACCUCACACUGCUCUUGCUGCUAUUGCAGAUCCUGAGCAGUGCCCUGACCUUCUCCAUCCGUUACCAGCUUGUCCGACUCUUCUACGAUGUCUGAGUUCUCUGAAGAUUGUCCUUCCCCACACAGUCUCCAUUGGACCUCACCCAGGACCGGCCUCUGUUUGGUCCAGGACUGCCUUCCGGUCCAGGCUCUGACUGUCCAUUUUUCACUUUUGUUUUGAGCUGCUCCUAUCACCUGUGGAUAUUGACCUGGACCUUAUUGGAUUUAAAGUCCAUUGGUUGGACUUUGCCUAUGGCAUUCUUUAGCUUGCGACCCUCUCCCUUUCUGUCCUAGCUGCAGCCUCUUAAGGGGAGAUGUAGCAGCUUUUAUGCAAAUAUUCACAGCUCAACUUUCAGAGCCCUGAUUCUACAGGAAUUUGCUGGACCCUGAGAGAGAACCUGAGCUAGGGCUUAGAGUUAGGGCCCUAUACUCCGAGGUAACCUCACAUCUGACUUUAAAAUUAAGUGUUCUGAUUAGGAAGGGCAGAGGCAGGGCCAUGUGCUCAAAAUGGUGACAAUAAAGGACUGUCUUUUACUUG